CACACCACUUUCGCGAACCUCCCCAAGAUGAAGCAGUCCACCGUUUGCCUUCUCCUCGCCGUGCUUCUGUGCUCGUCCGCCGUCGCGGACGCUUUGGUGUUGACUUACGCGUCGACCUGUGCCAGAUGCAAAUCGAUCGGAGCUUCGAGCUGCGGGUAUGGGGCGCAACGCAAGGGAGUUUCCUGCGAUGGACAGAGGCGAAUUAAUAGCUGUGCGGACUGCCAACGAUAUGGUGGAAGGUGUGUUACAUCAACUAUAACGGAGUGUUUUGUGUGA